CGGCGCGGCGCGGCGGGGGCGGCGGCGGAGCGGGGCCGUGAGCGCGGAGCGCGGCGGGGACAUGGCGGGGCCGGCCUGACCCGGCCCGACCCGACCCGACCCGCGCUCGCCGCCGCGAUGUUGCCGAGCCAGGCCGGGGCCGGGAACGGCGCCGCCGCCGCGCUGGCCCGCGGCUCGGGGCUGGGCCGGUCGCCGGUGCCGCGUGGGGCGAACGGCGGCGGGGCGGCGGCGGGGGUGUCCGGGGGCCGCCUGAAGCGGGAGGCGCUGUACAGCGGCAGCGAGGGCGACUCGGAGUCGGCCGAGGAGGAGGAGCUGGGCGGCGAGCGGCGCGGCGUGAAGCGUGGCCUGGCCGAGGCGGCGGGGGCGGCGGGGCCCGCGGCGGGAGCGGCGGCGGCGGCCGCCUACAGCGGCGGCGGGGGCGGCGGGGCCGUGAGCGGCGCCAAGCCCGGGAAGAAGACGCGGGGCCGGGUGAAGAUCAAGAUGGAGUUCAUCGACAACAAGCUGCGGCGCUACACCACCUUCAGCAAGAGGAAGACCGGCAUCAUGAAGAAGGCCUAUGAGCUCUCCACACUGACUGGCACUCAAGUCCUGCUGUUGGUGGCCAGCGAGACGGGCCAUGUGUACACGUUUGCCACACGGAAGCUGCAGCCCAUGAUCACCAGCGAGACGGGGAAGGCGUUGAUCCAAACAUGCCUCAAUUCCCCGGACUCGCCCCCACGCUCGGACCCCACCACUGACCAGCGCAUGAGUGCCACUGGUUUUGAGGAGACGGACCUCACCUACCAGGUGUCCGAGUCGGACAGCAGCGGGGAGACCAAGGACGCCCUGAAACCCGCGUUCACUGUCACCAACCUGCCGGGAACAACGUCCAUCCAGACAGCCCCGACCACCUCGACCUCCAUGCAGGUCAGCAGUGGCCCGUCAUUCCCCAUCACCAAUUACCUGGCGCCAGUGUCUGCCAGCAUCAGCCCCAAUGCCGUCACCAGUGCCAACGGGACAGUGCUGAAGACUACUGGAGCCAGUGCAGUGACGUCUGGGGGCCUCAUGCCGAUACCCACUGGCUUCACCUUCAUGUCAGGUGGUACCAUGGCUCAGCAGGUUCCAGUCCAGGCAAUCCAGGUGCACCAGGCACCCCAGCAAACGUCUCCCUCUAGUGACAGCAGCACUGACCUUACCCAGACCUCUUCCAGCGGAACAGUGACCCUCCCAGCGACCAUCAUGACGUCGUCUGUGCCAACCACUGUGGGCGGCCACAUGAUGUACCCCAGCCCGCACGCGGUGAUGUACGCGCCCACCUCCGGCCUGGCCGACGGCGGGCUCGCGGUGCUCAACGCUUUCCCACAGGCACCCUCAGCGAUGCAGGUGUCCCAUGGCCAGGUCCAGGAUCAGGGUGGCGUCCCCCAAGUGUUCCUGACAGCCCCAUCAGGCACGGUUCAGAUCCCAGUCUCAGCUGUCCAGCUUCACCAGAUGGCUGUCAUCGGGCAGCAGAGCAGCAGUGGCAGCAGCCUGACGGAGCUGCAGGUGGUCAACUUGGACACCUCACACAGCGCCAAGAGUGACUGAGAGGCCUCUGCUGCCGGCCUUCUGUUUCUGGCUUGUCAUGCCAGUGUCGGGGCUGGCAGCAACUCCUUCUCGUACAGACUGCACCAGUUAUUUAUUGUUGCCUUUUCACGUUUCCUUCAUCCACACAUGCACACACACACACGCACUCACCCACCCCCACACACACAGGCAUGCGCGUGGGGCUGCAGGACCCACCCGGGGUGGAGCCGUGCUGGGGCCGUGCAGGGCUUGGGGCAUUUGGAUGCUGCAAUAGCUGUGCUUGUCUCACGCCAGCCAAAGAAAUGUGUCUCUUGAGGGGAGGAUUGCUCUGCACUGUAAAUAAAUACUGCAGGCCAUUCCCAGCUGGAGGCUCUGGCUCCUUCUGGGUGCUCUGAGUCACCGUGCCCAUGAGUGUUUACUCUGCGUGGGGCUCAGCUUAGACCCGGAGCCAUCGUGCAGGUGCAGCUUGGAGCAGAGUGGGUUGUGGCUGUGCUGCUGGCCUCAGCAAUGUGCCUUUGUGGGGGUGACAGGUCCUGGCCGCAGCAACUCACCCUGGACCCUGGACAGGAGAGAGAGGGGCCAGCUUGCAUGUGCAUCUCUGGGCCUGCAUGCCCUCUCCCUGGAGGGCAGGGCACGGCCGCUGGCACGUGGCCCUGUCUUCCUCAUAUGCACUACAGUGAGCCCUCUGCCCUCAGUGCCUCCUCGCUGGGCUGCCUGGCAGAUUUUCAGCCUGACUGGCCCUGCCCCGGCGGCUGCCCUUGCACAAGUGAGGUGGUCGAUAGAUGCCCAGGAACACAAAGAUGCCCUGGAGAGCUCCUCAGGGGCCCUGUGCUCUGCUCAGCCCCACACUCUCAGCCCUCGCACUGCUUCUGGACUCCAUACACCCAGGGGAACGUGGCUGGGUCUUUCCUACAUCCCCCUGCAGCUCCAGCCAGCGCUUUCUGAAUUUCUGUGUCUGAUGCAAGGUGGAGAAACAACUCAAAUGUUAAAGGGAAGAGCCCAUGGGGCACAGAGCUGCUGGGCAGGUGGCAGGCUCUUCCUCUGAGCACCAGGGUGACCUGCAGGCCAUCCUGGGCUGUGGGAGAGCAGCUGUGAUGCCUGUACAGGCUCAGCAAGGCUGGGGGAGAAGGGCUGGGGCAUGCUUGGUCCUGCAUGGGAGUUGCUGUGAAUGGCUCUGCUACCUAGCCCUGUCCCUGGAGGGAGAGUGAGCAAGUGAGAGAAGCUGCUGAAUCCUUAGGGGAAGAAGCAGCUACUGUAACUUUUUUUUUUUUUUUAAGUUAAAGACAAAAGAAGCCUUGGAGAAAAAAAAAAAAAAGAAAAAAAAAAGAAAAAAAAAGAAAAUUACUUUAUUUUU